UCCUUGCAAUAUGCAGGUCUGAGUCACAGCCAACUUCGUCACGAAUACAACUGUUUCUAACCUACCAACCUGCCAGCCUGUCUGCUCUAUUGGAUCAGCCUUGCUAAGUGCACGCACGAAUACUCGGCAUUAUGCCUACAAGUCGUUGGUCCUGGCCUAGAAAAAGGCAACCGUUGGUUAAAGCGACUCGGCAACAUGCAGCUACAGCGCCCUAUAUAGUGACGGAAUGGUGAGGUAAACAAGAGCACAAACAUUUUUUCUCUUUUCAUUCCCAGAUCUGCUUCUUACAUUCACUGUUAAACUCGUACGUAGUUAGCUAGCUAGCUGUCUAGAUAGUUUUUUGUUUUUUUUUUCUCCGGUACUGAAACAAGAAUAUUCAUAAGAUGGAUGACGAUAUCAGCUCUUUCAACAGCUUCGAAGAAAUUGAACCCUUGCCAGCCGCAUGCCAAGAUGACGAAUAUAAUAACAUUGAGAAGUUGAAGGCUUUAGUUGCAAGGUCUGCCGCCAAUGGUGAUGCAGCUACAGAACUUGUCGAAGACGAAGUUCCAGAUAUUUGUUAUAUUCUUCAGUAUAAGGGGUGGCUUGGAAAGCUCAGCGAUGUACAUCGUAGCCAGGUGCCUAUCAACAUUCAACUUGACGAUUUGGACGAACCAGGGAUUUCUACGAUAAAGAAGCCAAUCCUCGAGAUCAUAACUAAGAUCUCCACCUGGCUUGUCAGAAAGGGACGGUCAUCCAACAUUCGCCCUCUGCACAGUGGGCUUCGUAGGGGUGAUGACGACAACGAAGACGUGGAGACGGAGGCUGUUAACCAAGAAAAAACCUCUAUGGUUAUCAACUCUGUCCACCUCAUCAACGCUCUUAGGGCCAUCGUAGGAUAUUAUCCGGGGACAUCCUUCCUUGGAGACAGCGUCAAGAUAGACGCACCGUAUCACGUCUUAAUUCACCAUUUAGAGGACCUUGCAUACUACAGAUCUCAUCAGCCAGAUACUCACGAUGAGGAGUAUGCCUCUAUCACUACUAAACAUAUCGACGUGCUUCUCAGUUUCCUCGAGAAGACAUUUCGACCUGUGAUCACUGAAGAAGAGAAGAGACACAACAGCGGCAUCCCCUCGGCUAGCUUCAAAAACCUCUGGUUGAUCUUGAAACCCGGCGAGGUCAUUUAUAGUAUGCUGGACGGCAAGUGGACUUCAUUUGUCAUCUCCACAAUCUUCGGCGGUUCUCACCCCGGCGAAGAGCGCCCUAUGCCUUACACUAUUCAUGGUUGGAACCUAUGCUAUAGCGGUAUCGAUGGGAGGUUCCGUCGCACCACACGCGUAUUCGGAAUCGAUCCCUUCUCCGGUGAGCAGGCCAUCGCGAACCUCCCCAUCAUCCCCGCCCGUUUCUUCCGAGGCGAAGACGGUGUGAGCCCUCAAGAUACCCAGGCCAAGCAGAUCAUGCUCGGUAAGAAGGCCUGGGAACUUUAUACGGGACCAAAGUACAGGUCUUACGAAGGAGAUCUUAUCGACCUACGCUCUUCCAGCGGGUGGGAUGUUCUCGGCGCCACCGGCUAUGUCAGUGGCCGAGUCGUUGUCGACUCUAUCGGAUUUACAAAGUUCUACUGCCCGAAACAAGGCACCCACCACGGCCAGCCACCGCACGAUGUACUCGGAAAUGACCAACUACCUUACUUUGCUCCUCGCUGUGGCUGUGCCGCCUGUCACAAUAGGACUGAUAAAAACGAGGCCCUGAGCGCCUUUGCCUCUUUCAAAGCUCGCGACCCUCAAAAAGAUGCCGCGCCGGAAAGCGAUCUAUACUACCUGGUUCUCAGAAAAGUCGUGCCAGGAUUUGUCCUCGGCCAACGACGAUGGGCCUACUUCGACGUCGAGCACUUGGACGAGGCGAUCGCCGACAAGGAGGCGUUCGAGCACCUCGUGCUCGACGACAAGAUCAAGCUCACGAUCCAGGCCCUGAUCGGCAAGUUUGCGAGCGCCCACGGCCAGGUCAGCCCGUGGCCCAGCGACUUCAUCAUGAACAAAGGCCAGGGCCGCAUCUUCUUGCUCCACGGAUCUCCGGGCGUCGGCAAAACUUGCACGGCGGAGGCCAUCGCGGAGCUCACUGGUCGACCCUUGCUAUCUCUCACGAGCGGCGACCUCCUGAACCCCAACUCGCACGUGGUGGAGCGCGAGCUCGGCUACUUCCUGAAGCUGGGGGAGCGGUUCGGGGCGAUGGUGCUGAUCGACGAGGCGGACGUGUUCCUAGAGGCGCGACAGGCCCAGGACAUCGAGCGCAACGGGCUGGUGUCGGUGUUCCUGCGCGCGCUCGAGUACUACCGGGGCGUGCUGUUCCUGACAACGAACCGCGUGCAGACGUUCGACUCGGCCUUCACGUCGCGCAUCCACGUCGCCCUGCACUAUCGUGCGCUGACGGACGCCAACCGCGCCAAGAUCUGGCUCGGCGGCUUCGAGCGCCUCGAGCGCGACAGCGGCGAAAAAGUGCACGUCUGCCCCGCGGCGCGCAAGUACGUGUACGAGAACGUCGCCGUGCGCGCCCUAGAAUGGAAUGGUCGCGAGAUCCGCAACGCGCUGCAGACGGCCGUCGCAUUGGCCGAGACCGAGGCGCUCGAGGACGGGAACGAGGACGGGCUGGUUGUUGUCACCGAGGAACACUUCCGGGCCGUCGUCGAGCUGUCUCGCGGCUUCAAGAUCUGGACGGGCAGAGACAAGUCUAAGUCAUAG